CCUGGCUGCUUCUCCAGAGCUAACACAGUGAGGCGCGUUCUCCUCCCUUUCCAACAGAGACAGGAUAGCGCUGACCCGAGAGAAACUCUAAAGAGGGGCAACCCCCCGCAGGGCGCCGGGGCUACACACACAGCCCAGGGGAGGGGCGGCGCUCUGAACCGGGCCAGCUCCUGCUACGGAGUGCGAGCGCAGCAGAGGCAGCUGAAAGGGCAGGUGUGAAAUCUUUAUCCUGGGACACCGCUGGCCCACAGAGCCAGCGUGGGAGCUGGCUGUAUCCCGGCUCUCCCCUCCCCCACACUCAGGCGACUGCUGCCCCCUGGCUGGGCUGGGCUGGGCCACUUGGGGAGGAGGGAGCUGGAGAGAGGAGGCGCGUUGCUGGGUCUGGCUACCCCGCCCCGGCGCGCAAACCCGAACGGAUCGGGGCGCCUCGCUGCCUCCUCCCCGCGCAGAGUUUAAUCCUCCCCAGAGAAGGGCAGGGGCAGGUCUGCGAGCCCCCCCAUCGGUGCAGGGAGACGUCAGGGGACUGCCAGCGCCAGCAGCGGCUGCCGGGCUGCGGGAGCUCGGACCCCACCCCCGCCCCUCCCCUCCGCUCCCGGGGCUCUCACUUUGGGAGCCGCGUCGCUCCCGUUCACACUUGGCGGCGGGCGCUGGGCGGGCGUGUGAUGAGGCGGCCCGGCUCCCGCAGGCUCCCGGAGCUGUGAGCGGGAUCCCCGGGGGGCGCUUUCGGAGUCCCCCCGCCCCCGCUCCCCGCAGGGACUCGAUGCCCAGGCAGGGAGGAUGGCAGGGAGGCGGCCGGCGGGCGCCGGGGCGCUGCGGCUGCUGAGAGCCCGCGGGCGCGCCCUCUCCCUGCUCCGCUGGCUGGGCAUGCUGCUGCUGCCGCCGCUGCUGCAGGCCGGGCAGGGCUGCCCCGAGCACUGCUCCUGCUUCUCCACACCGGAGUUCGUCCAGUGCAGCGACGUCCCCCUGCGGGAGCCGCCGCCGGACCUGCCCCGCGGCGUGCGCACCCUCAGCAUCGCGGGCGGCAACCUGACGGUGCUGAGCCGGGCGGCCUUCGCCGGCAACGGGAGCCGGCCGCUGGGCAACCUGAGCCUGCUGCUGCUGGCCCGGGACAACAUCCAGACCAUCGAGGAGCGCGCCUUCCAGGGGCUGCCCAGCCUGGAGGAGCUGGAUCUCAGCCUCAACCCGCUGCGCGCCCUGGCGGCCGGCGCCUUCCGCGGCUGCCCGCGGCUCCGCACCCUCAAACUCAACCAGGCGCUGCUGCUGCUGGGCGAGGAGCCGCUGGCCGGCGCCCUGCGCAACCUCAGCCUACGGCGGCUGGAGCUGGCGGGCAACGAGCUGCGGGAGCUGCCGGGCGCCGCGCUGCCGGACGGACUGGAGGAGCUGGACCUGCGGAACAACUCGCUGCAGGGGCUGAGCCCCGAGGAGCUGGCCCGCCUGGACUCGGCCCCGCUGGGCAGGCUCCAGCUCUACCUGGACGCCAACCCGCUGCGCUGCGACUGCGCCCUGCGCCCGCUGCUGGACUGGAUGCGCAACGCCAGCUGGAGGGUGCCCGACGCGCACAGCCUGCGCUGCGCCGCCCCGCGGGAGGUGAGCGGCACCGAGGAGCUGCACCCCCGCCUGGAGCAGCUGGGCUGUGGGGCAGGCCGGGAGCUGAGGCCCGAGGAGGCCGGCGAGCAGGAGGAGCUGGAGACCGCCUCCUACGUCUUCUUCGGCAUCGUGCUGGCGCUGAUUGGGGUCAUCUUCCUCAUGGUGCUGUACCUCAACCGCAGGGGCAUCAAGCGCUGGCUCAACAACCUGCGGGAGGCCUGCCGGGACCAGAUGGAGGGUUACCACUACCGCUACGAGCAGGACACCGACCCGCGCCGGGCCAGCGCCAGCCCCUCCUCGGGACUCUGAGCCGGGGCCACCUCUGGGCCAGAGAGCCCUGACCCCUGCCCUUGGGGAUCCCACCCUAUCAGCCCUGCCCCCACGCGCCCCUCCCCUCCAGCUCCCCCAAUCCGGAACUUUGGGAAGCCCUGCCCAAUGCCCGCUAGGGGACCCCACCCCUCUGACAUCCAGCUGUUGGGGAUUCCCCCCUUGCAGCCAGAUCCUACCACUCCAGUCCCCAACCCUGGGGUUUGGAAAGCCCACCCAUCCAGCCCUAGGCCCUUGGGGAUUCCCCCCUUCCAGUACCCACUCCCCUGGCUCUUGGGGAUUCUACCUUAUUACCCAAUGAGUGUUACCCACAUGCAUGCAUAAGGCUACCACUACCCAGGAAAUCCCCACAGCACUUCACCUAGAGAUGGCUUGGUGCAGGAGAUACCUGUUCACUCCUCUCCCCAGGAGAAUACCCUUCACCAAUCCGCAUCCAUUACCCCAGGAAUACAUACCGCACCCACCCACCCACUACUUGGGAAUACUCCCUUCUCCCUUCCUGCCCAACAGAGGGCACUUCCAACCAGGACAACACCCACCUGUCCAGGGAACACCCAGCAACAAUACCCCUCCACCAACCCCCACCUCCAACAGAACAGUUCUGUGCUAGUCUGCUUGGGGUAGUGCAGGAUCCAUCCUUGGGACAAUAAUCCCCCAAACAAGAAAACUACCCAGGAGUCCCCCUGCUCCACCCCCUCCUCCCUCACUUCCCAGAAGAAUACACCCCCUCAAGGGCCCUGGGAAUUGUGAAUGUACCAGAGCUACGCAUCUUCAAAGGAUUAACCUGCAUUAGAGCACACCCAUGUUCCCCCCAGUGUUCUAGGGACAUACGAAUGUACAGGAUUCUGCAUGUAGAAUUAACCCCUCGGUGGUGAAUUCACUGGCUCCACCCUGAGAGGCCCUUCUCUCCCCACCCCUGUGAUCCAGGUGGGGUAUGAAUGUACAGGAAACACCCAGAUCCAUGCAGAAUUAACUCCCAUCCAGGACUAUGCAGCAACCCCUCCUGAAUAACCUGCCCACAGUCCAUGGGUGUGCAGAAUCUAGCUCAACAGAACACACCCCCUUCUGAAUGAAAGCUCUUCACUCCUCCAGAGUGUGUGACUGCUCACAUGAAUGCACAGAAGAGUUCCAUGCACAAGUGACGCUUAGUUACUCCAGGAUUUGUUUGAUUUUUUUCCUUUAUAAAAAAAAACAAACUUCUGCAACAAGCUUAGAAUCCAACUCCCUUUGAAUUUACUUUGUGCACCUGGACCAUGGGUGAGUUUUUACUUGGCAAAUUGCUGUAAGCAAUGAGCUAGCUGGUGGUAAACUUGUCUCCUGGAUUUUACUGGAGCCUAGACUUUACUUUUACUGUGUACAGUUCUCUUUCUUAGUAUAUUUCUAUUUAACACACACAAAACUAACUUGAUUUUUUUUUCGCUCCAAAAACUGAGGAUGAGAAAACAAAAACAAAAAAAAACACAAGAAAUGAUAUGAUCUGCUGAGUCCAUUUAUGUUUUAUGUUUUUGGUCCACAAAAAUUAUUACUUCUCUCAGGCACAAUAUAAUGCACCUGCACAACAACAACAGCCCUUCCCCACAGGCUGAAUGCAUGUUGCUAAAGCACAUGGAGGCAAUUCAUUUCCAACUGCGAAAUAUAAUCUAGGUGAGGUUGUCUCAGCGAUCUUUGUAACUGUUUGGGGAAAAAAAAGGCUCUCCAUAACUUGCACAGGUUUGGAUUAGAACUGCGCCUGUUAGUAUAUACUAGAGCCAAUACACUGAAAGCUGCAUCCAAUGUAUUGUAUGUUUUCUAUAAAACUUAUUCCAAGAAUUUUGGAAUACUUCAUGGUGGAAGCAAUGUUGUUGUUAUGGUCUGUGUUUUGCAGAGCAAGACAGAUAUGAAAUCAUCUCUGUAAAUAGAUGGUCCAAUAUAAACUUUUGUUCUGUUGCUAGUUCUGUGUUUAGUGAAGGAGAAUGAAUUGAAUGGUUAGUGCACAGCAUUCGGGUUCUAAUCAUUCUGACCGAAACUUGCUAUGGGGUAUAUGGCCAAUAAUUUCCAAAGUGGUGGGGCAUAUGGCUAAUAAUUCUGGGGUUCCUCGGUGUUCCGAUGCCUAACUAUUGGAACGUCUUUAGCCUGUUGUGCCUCCCAGCCCGCCAGCUGGGGAGCAGCAGGUGCUCCGUUUCUCUGGACUCACGCUGAUUUUGGCCUUAAGCUGGUCUCUGUUUGCUUCUCUGUCAAAGCUGGAUAAUAAUGUUUCAUACUUCACAGGAGUGUUGUGAGCCCUAAUAAAUUAAAGCCUGACCCUGCUGACAUCCAGGGGUACAGGAUCCCCAUGUCUAUAGCAUGCUUUGAGAUAUUUGGAAGCAAGGCAACAUGUAAUUAUUAUUGGGCUACCCUAAGGCAUGAGCAAAUCCAGGUCUCAAUUCUGCAAACUGCUCCACAUAGGAUGUCUCCUGUGGCUAAGCAAGUCCCCCUGAAAGUCCAAGGGGAAAGCUGUGCAGAGCAGCUCUGAGGAUAGGAAGCGAAGAGACUUGCAGUCCUUGCUCUGGCAAAUCUCAAGUAAAGAAUUCAGGCUCAGUGUGAAAAGCAUCCUACGCACAUGGGGUGUGGAUCCGUUCCUGUUGACUCCAAUGGCAAAGUCCCCAUUGGCUUCCAUGGAACUCAGACCCCUAACUCACACAAAUGCUUUUCAAAAUUCCACCUGUGGGUUCCUGCAUAUGAACUUAGAAGCCCAACUUUUCAGCUCCACAUGUCAGCCUCUCUGCGUUUUAUAGAAGGAGCUCUCUCUCAGCUCUGGCACCUAAGAUUAACACUCUGACAAAACAUGUCUAUAGGUUUAUGCAGCUUUUUAAUUGCAUGUGGCUUUGUCAGUUUGUGAUACGGUUUAAUCUAAUUAUGCCUGACCUGUCUGCCAGAAACUUUUUGACCAUAUUCAAUAAAUAAAGUUGGCAGAA